GAGGUCUGGCUGCGCGCAGUAUCUGACAGUACGUCAGCAGCGGGAUGGCCGUAGCUGUGGUGGCGGCUGCAGAAGCCCGAGCAGCCGCGGCCGCAGUGGAGAUUAGAGCCGGAGCGGCGUCGGCGGCGGCACCCCGGGGAGUUUAAGAUGGCGGCGGGGGGGGCGGCGGGCCUGCGGGAGGAGCAGCACUACGGGCUGUCCUGCGGGCGACUGGGGCAGGACAACAUCACCGUACUGCAUGUGAAGCUCACUGAGACGGCGAUCCGAGCGCUCGAGACCUACCAGAGCCACAAGAAUUUAAUUCCUUUUCGACCUUCAAUUCAGUUCCAAGGGCUUCAGGGGCUUGUCAAAAUUCCCAAAAACAAUCCCUCAAGUGAAGUACAUACUUUUAACUUCUAUUUGUCAAAUGUCGGUAAAGACAACCCUCAAGGCAGCUUUGACUGCAUCCAGCAGACAUUUUCCAGCUCUGGAGCCUCCCAGCUCAAUUGUCUGGGAUUUAUACAAGAUAAAAUUACAGUGUGUGCAACAAAUGACUCGUAUCAGAUGACACGAGAAAGGAUGACCCAAGCAGAAGAGGAAUCUCGCAACCGAAGCACAAAAGUUAUCAAACCCGGUGGACCAUAUGUAGGGAAAAGAGUGCAAAUUAGGAAAGCACCUCAAGCUAUUGCAGAUGCAGUGCCAGAGAGGAAAAGGUCAACCCCCAUGAACCCCGCAAAUACAAUUCGAAAGACACAUAGCAGCAGUGGUGUUUCUCAACGACCUUACAGAGACAGGGUUAUUCACUUAUUGGCACUGAAGACUUACAAGAAACCAGAGCUGCUGGCAAGACUACAGAGAGAUGGUGUCAAUCAAAAAGACAAGAACUCCCUUGGAGCAAUUCUGCAACAGGUAGCCAAUCUGAAUCCUAAGGACCUCUCUUAUACCUUAAAGGAUUAUGUUUUUAAAGAACUUCAAAGAGACUGGCCUGGAUACAAUGAAAUAGACAGGCGGGCAUUAGAGUCAGUGCUUUCUAGAAAACUAAAUCCAUCUCAGAAUGCUGCCAGCACCAGCCGUUCAGAAUCUCCUGUAUGUUCUAGUAGAGACGCUACAUCUUCUCCUCAGAAACGAUCCUUAGAUUCAGAUUUUAUUGAUCCUUUAAUGAAUAAAAAAGCUCGAAUAUCUCACCUAACAAAUCGAGUGCCACCAACAUUAAAUGGUCAUUUGAAUUCUACCAGUGAGAAAUCAGCUACAGGCCUCCCGCCGCUCCCUGCAACUGCCGCUAUACCUACCCCUCCACCACUGCCUUCGACCCACCUGCCUGUCUCCAAUCAUCCUCAGACUGUAAACUCUAACUCCAAUUCCCCUAGCACUCCAGAAGGCCGGGGGACUCAAGAUCUACCAGUUGACAGUUUUAGUCAAAAUGGUAGUAUCUAUGAGGACCAGCAAGACAAAUAUACCUCUAGGACUUCUCUGGAAACCUUACCCCCUGGUUCAGUUCUACUAAAGUGUCCAAAGCCUAUGGAAGAAAACCAUUCAGUGUCUCACAAAAAGUCCAAAAAGAAAUCUAAAAAACACAAGGAAAAGGACCAAAUUAAAAAGCACGACAUUGAAAUGGUUGAGGAAAAGGAAGAGGACCUUGAAAGAGAAGAGGGAAUUGCCAAACUGAACAACUCCAGUCCAGAUUCCAAUGAAGGAGUUAAAGAGGGCUGCACUGCCUCAACAGAGCCUUCUUCAACAAUUGAGCUCCCAGAUUAUUUGAUAAAAUAUAUUGCUAUCGUCUCAUAUGAGCAACGCCAGAAUUACAAGGAUGACUUCAAUGCUGAGUAUGAUGAGUAUAGGGCCCUGCAUGCCAGGAUGGAGACUGUAGCCAGAAGAUUUAUCAAACUGGAUGCACAAAGAAAGCGCCUUUCUCCAGGUUCAAAAGAGUAUCAGAGUGUUCAUGAAGAAGUCUUACAAGAGUAUCAGAAGAUCAAGCAGUCAAGUCCCAAUUACCAUGAAGAAAAAUACAGAUGCGAGUAUCUUCAUAACAAGCUGGCUCACAUCAAAAGACUAAUAGGUGAAUUUGACCAACAACAAGCAGAGUCAUGGCACUAGAGCUCUGCUUGGACCAGAAGAUGUGAAUAAACUUAAGCUUAUUUAUUUAAAAUUCCAAAUGAGUUGCUCUAAGAUUCUAAAAAAAAAAAGUGAAACUUUGCUAAAGUUUCAGUAUUAGUACACUUGAGUUACUUUGUUCUUCCCCAUUUUACUUUGCUUUCCUGCAUUUUUGAAGCUGCUGUUUCUGGUCCCCCCAUACCCCUCUACAACUUGUGUUUGUCAAUAGAAGUCAUUUCUUUUUUAGAUAUUGGCGAUCCAGUGUCUACACUUCAAAAACGUUUUUUCUUAAAAACUUGUGUUUGUCCUUAGAAGUUUUUUUUAAAAGAUAUUGGGGAUCCAAUGUCCACACUUCAACGUUAUGUGUUAAAAAAAAAAAAAAAAAACAGUGACAUGCAAGGUGAAAUGCUUUUGGAUAAACAUAAGCCUAUUUUCUGACCUUUCUUAAUGCAAACUCUUUGCCUUAAAUGGUAGAAUAUUUAGAAUUUUGCACAAAAAAAUCAGAAAAAAAUUAACAUUGUUUUGGAGGGUUAAGAAAUAGAAUGGUGUAUGUAUAUUAUGAGCAUACACAGUCUCUCUCUUUCUCUCUCUCUCUCUCUCUCCUCCUCUUUCUCUCUCUCUGUCUCUCUCUCUCUCUCUCACACACACACACACACACACACACACACAUAUAUUAUGUGGUCUGACUUAAUCUAGAAGAGUAAAUCCACCCUGCAAGUUAACCCCCCAUUGCAAUGAUUGCCUUAAGGUGUUUGCUAGUUGUGUACCUAGUGUGGUUAAUCAUUAGCUACACUGCUUCCCACUUGAUUUGAACAGUGGGAGUCACACUGUGGCCUACCAGCGUCUGAAAGUGUGUGCUUGGCCUGUAUGUGUGUAGAGGUGGUGUGGAUGUGAGCGUGCAUGGAGGAUAAAAAGCUGCUACUCUCAGUAGGCCAAACGCUCAGGUUAAACAACUGACGAGUGUUAAUGUAGGUUUUUUUUUUUUUUCCUGUCAAAUUGCUACUUCUAUUGUGGAAGACAAAAGCAUUUCCAUUUCAACAGUUUGUCAGCUUUAUUAAUGUUGGGCAAAAUUGAUAUGUUAUGAAGAUGAAACAGAUCUAUAGUUUUGGGGCAAAAUUAUAAAAUUAAAUGUGUAGGUAACCUAUUUAUAUACUGCUAUAAAGUAUUUUUUGAAGAGAGAUGUGCAAAGAAGCUAUUACCUACAUGAAAUGUAUAUUUAAAGAUUUUUCUCAUCCUGGGUGCCAGGAAUAUAAAAAAGAGCAGAUAUAUUUAACCAUAACAUACUGUGAUUCAUCAAACAGCACAAACUUUCAUUUCAUGGAGUUUAUCUGUUAAUGUUGAUUUAAACUAUCACUUGUUUUAUCAUGUGGGAACAUAAGUUAUGUGGUCAAAAUAUAAGGAUUUUAAACUAAUGUUGAUUCAAGUCGUGUUGUCAUGUCGUAUUGUCUUUUCAAAGUGCUGCCAGUUGAAAAGGGAAGCAUUAUGUUUACAAAUCUGUUUUGAAAUGUUUGCCAAAAUUUUGGUAGUAUCUUUAAUAAAGAUGUUUGUCUCCAGCA